AUGACAGCACCGUUCACAGCAACUGAAAAAGUUGCGAUUGAAAUUUCAGCAGCUUUGGCUGGAGAAAUAUCGGACGUGGAUGACAAUGGGGAGGAGCAGGCUGGUCGCAAGAUGCCAAUUAGCAAACCACCGCGAGGUUAUGGUGACAUGCGUACCAGCGCACUGCUUGGCAAGCGCACGAUGUCGCGGGAUGAAUCUCAACUAAAAAAAUCUAGCCAAUCGAAAGCAAGGAUUACACGUUAUCCCACUGCAAAGCCUUUGGCUCUCAAUAUACUUUACAAGGUUCCUUAUUUGGACAUGAGCAAAUAA